AUGCGUGGAACGGGAGGGGGAGGCAGCACCACUCCGUCGGCUGGAGGCUCGAAGUCCUUUUGGAUUUCGCUCUUUCUGGGGUUGGCAACAGUUCCAGCGCAUGAUCUCCUCCAGCCCUCCCGAGUGGAAUCGCUGCUGCAUGCGCGUCCGCAGAAUCUCGAGCUGCUUGUUCGCAAGCUUAUCCAAUACCUCCAAAUGCUUUGUCGUAUUGGCAGUCGGACUCAUCUGACACAUCCCGAAGAAGACUCUCUCCUGAGCUGCAUUUCUCUCUUCUCCCGCAUCCUCUCGAUCUGCAUCGUGGAGCCGUCUGUCGAGGCAGCUUUGUUCUGGAGGCCUAUUCCUCAGACAGCUUUUGCAGAAGAGCUGCAGCGGCUGCAGAUACAGCGGCAGCCUUACGAGCUACAGGAUGCGCAGCAACAGGAUAAGCAGCAACAGGAUGCAGAAGAGCCGCAAGAGCAUCUGCAAGAGCAGCCGCAAGAGCAAGAUUCAGAGCAGCAAGGAGAAGAGCAGCACCGGCAGCAACAGCAACAAGACUCUCCAAAGGCAGACAAGGAAUCUCAAAGCCCUACACCUUUUGAAGGCGCAACACGGUGUACAACUCUGGCGAAUGAGCUCAUGAAUACUCUGGCUCGAUUAUUGUUUUUGAACGGCUUCUCUGUGAACGCCCCUCGUGCGUUUUUGGCAGAAGGCGAGGAGCCGACAACGCACAUUGUGGACAGCCGUUUUCUCUGGUGUGGGGGCAUUGGCUCGGAGCCAGCCUCACCCUGUCCUACCUUGAGUUGCAUGUUCACGAACAGGACGCAAAUUCUCAGGUGUGCUGCGUGUGUGCAGACAAUAGAUGAUUACCUGCGCCAAGAGCCGUCGUGGCUGGCUGUGUUUACCGCGGGCCAUGCGCCUUACACCGCGAACCUCUUCUGCUCCCUCCUAAGCUCUGUUGUCACUUACGAUCCUGUUGGAUAUGUACGAUUCGGCCGCUAUUUAUCCCCCUAUUUGCACAUGCACGCCGCUGUGGUAAUUGGUGCUCCCCUGGUGGCCCUUGCAGCUGCAGCAACGUCUUUAGACGGGUUCUCUCUGGACUGCGAGACGAAUCCGAAUUCGCGCUUAUUGCUGAGGGCAUGCUGCGCCUCCUGA